CCAAAACAUCAGUUAGUCUGUAAGGUGCCACAGGAUUCUUUGCAUAAUUAUAUCAUAUCACUAUGAUGAAUAUAAAUCGGUUUGCCCUGGAAAAACACAGAAUUUGCAUUUUUAUAGAGAAUCUUUAGUUUUACAUUUUGUGGAAAAAAUAAAAACAUAUACAGUAAAAUCCUGUUUAUCCGAGCCUCCAUUAUUUGGCUGUCUGUAUUAACUGAACUGGGGCUGACAGUGGGAACCUCACCUCUCAGGGUCGAAACUCUCCAGAUUAUCCAAAUUUUUGAUUAUCCAAUCUGGCGUUGGUCCGAAUUAGAUCGGAUAUAUGGUGUUCCACUGUAUCAAUAAAACAUUUUGUUCAAAUGAUUCCUGUAUAUAUUCUGGCUAGGGAAACUGAAGUUCAACAUUUCAUUUUAAUUGCAGAAAAAUGUGGAUUUUUAUGGGGGAUUUUUAUUGGAGAAUUCUGUUUUUAUCACGGAAAACUAGGAUCUCUGCUCGUGACACACCAACUUUGCCAAAUUGGUGUUAGUCUCUGUUCAGAUAAUCUAAAGUCCCUCCACCUGUAAUAGAACGGCUAAUGAAUCAUCUACAGUGGAAUGGACAAUCACUUGAAGGAGAGAAAAUGGUUACUUGAACAGUAACUGUUAUUCUUCAAGAUAUGCUGUGCAGAUAUGUUCCAUGACCCUCCCACCUUCCCGGUGCUUCAGACAUUACAUAUAGUGGUGCGAAGGAAUAGAGAGAGAGAGGCAGUGGCCCCCUUUAUUCCCUCACCUGGCAGCAUGAGGAGAGCAGGGGCACCUGCACCACCUACUUGUACUGCUGGCAAAAGUCUUCAACUUGAUUGCACUGAGCACACAUACACUUACCUGCAGUGGAAGGUAUUUGUGCACAACACAUCUUGAAGAACAACAGUUUUUGUACAGGUCUCCUCUCACGGAUAUAUCUUGGUACCUGCCCUGGGCCCUCUUCACCUUCCCAGAAGCAAUGUCAGAGACCCUCCCUUCCAUUGCCAUUCUUGUUGAACACUUUCCUAGAAGUGGUUUUAUUUUUUUCGUUUCAGUUGCUCGUUCCUAGUUUGUAAUUUUCCUUGUUCUUAUGAAGGUUAUUCACGAUGGAAACUCUGAGGUGGUACUCUUCAUCACAUGGUUACAUUUGGCCUGAAAAAGUUUAUUCUUGCCAGCUACAACACAGAAAUGUUGAUGUUCUCUAGAAAAGAACACCUUGGAACCAGUUCAAAAUAAUCUUGCCCAGAGACUUGUGUUGUCUCAUCCAUUUCAGGGACAGGUGUUUAAGACAGAGCAGUGUUUAGCUGAAAUUUACAUAUCUUCUGAUGUGUUAGAACUCCGGAGCAAUAUAUACAUAUCAUCCUCUGGAAAGAUGUGAUAGCUCAAUAGGAAAAAUCUUAGAAUUGUUUAAAUAGACUGAACUAUGUUACUUAACUAACUGUUACGGAUACAUUGUUUUCAAAUAUUGUAAGUAUACUCUCUGUGAUGACGUUCAUGUGGUAAUUGCAUUUAUCAUGCAUUUUUUACUGUUGCACUUGUACUCUGCCCUUUACUCCAGCUCCACUGCAAGCUGAGCUUUCAAACACUGCAGAUCUUCUAACAGCUUACUAAAUAAAUAUUUAUUCUCCCAUAGGUGAUAUUUUCCUACUCAGUUACAUGGAGAAUAUUCAGUCUUGGAGUAGUGACGCAGAGUUAUGAUCUGGAUCCCUUUAGGUCGAUUUAAAUCCAUCAAGAGGCAGCUUCGAGAAAAGGGAGAACUGGAGGAAUUUUGGAAAAAUCAUCAGCCUGACAUUUUUGCUCGGAGAUAUCUGCAUUGUUUCCCUUCAGAUAUUUUUCUACAAGCUGGAUCUGCUUCAGAAAGGCUAUAUGAUUACAUGAAUGCCCAGUACUACGGGGUGAUAAGUGUUGGCACCCCACCUCAGAAAUUCACAGUGGUGUUUGACACAGGAUCAUCCAAUUUUUGGGUCCCUUCAGCUUAUUGCAUCAGUGAAGCCUGCAAGAUGCAUGAAAAAUUCAAAUCAUUUCUAUCAAACUCCUAUCAGCAUGGAGGGCAGGCCUUUGCUCUACAGUAUGGUACUGGACAGCUUCUAGGCAUUGCUGGCAAAGACACAUUACGGAUCAGCAACAUUUCCAUCGAGGGGCAGGACUUUGGAGAGUCUAUCUUUGAGCCUGGCAUGACUUUUGCUCUUGCACACUUUGAUGGCGUGCUGGGUUUAGGAUACCCUUCUUUAGCAGUUGGCAGUGCUCUCCCAGUAUUUGACAGCAUAAUCAACCAACAUCUGGUGGAGAAGCCAGUGUUUUCCUUCCACUUGAACAGAGGAGAAGACAUUGAAAAUGGUGGUGAAUUGAUACUGGGGGGUAUAGACCAUUCCCUUUACAAAGGUUCAAUUCACUGGGUUCCAGUUACUGAGAAAAGCUACUGGCAAAUUCAUGUUAACAACAUAAAAAUCCAGGGACGGGUUGCGCUUUGCUUCCAUGGUUGUGAAGCCAUUGUUGAUUCAGGCACUUCUCUUAUUACCGGCCCCUCUUUACAAAUAAGACAACUACAGGAGCAUAUCGGGGCCAGUCCAACACAAACUGGAGAGUUUGUUGUAGACUGCAGGAGACUGUCAAGCCUGCCACAUGUAAGUUUCACCAUUGGACACAGAGACUACACGUUAACAGCAAAAGAGUAUAUAAUAAAGGAAACCAUAGAAGAAAAAACCGUGUGCAUCAGUGGCUUUCAGUCUCUGGAUAUUGCCACUCAUACUGGCCAGCUAUGGAUUUUAGGAGAUGUAUUCAUGUCAGCAUUUUACUGUAUUUUUGACCGUGGAAAUGAUAGAGUGGGAUUUGCAAAAGCCUCUCAUAGAAGGGAGCAUUCCUGAGGCCCUAAUGGCAUCAGUUCUGCCUUAAACACAUGUUAUUACAGGGAUACAAGAUGAGCCUGAACUAAAACCCUGGAUCUGAAUAUUGCUCCCAAAAAAUUUCACGUGAGUUUAGGGUGGGUUUGAAAUUGAAUUCUGAAUGCAAAGUUUGUAGCUAGGUUCCAUUUCUAUACAUUUGCAAGAGACACAUUUAUUUCUAAAUCAGCAAUUGAGACACCAAAAGUCCUAGGAAAGACUGUGUCAAAAAACCUAGUAAAUGCCUGUACAACAACUUGCCUGUAGGACUUGCAUUGGGGUGGGAGGGAAAAUGUGCUUGGGAGAAGACUGCUGAAUAAUGCAAAGAUGAUUGUGUAUCAAUUGCAGUUAUGGGAACCUAAUCUGGCUAGUGUUGGGUAGUUCUCUUCCCUUGCUUGUCAGUUUCAGCCUUCUAUUUCCUGACUAAAUAUUUUCUUUUUAUCAUUUAAUUGUUGCUUUUAUUUUUCUCAUUAUUUAGUGGGGUGUGUUCUACCCUUUCUCCCUCUGUCCUUUAUAGACGCUCUUUAUGUGCAGCAAGCUUCAAUCCCGACUCUUUUUACUACCAUCAGUUAAAUGUGAUUUCCUGCUCCUUAUUUAUUCUCUACGACUUGUCUUUUUUCUCAGGCACAUGCUCUUUUUCUACACUUUCUUGCUGGAACUAGGGGUGCAGCACCCCCUGGCUUGAAAUGGUUUCCAUCACAUACAGCGUUUACAGUUUGGUUCAAUGGCUCUCAGCACCCCCACUAUACAAAUUGUUCCAGCACCACUGUCAGUCAGAUGCUGUCUUUAGUGCCUGACAUCUCCACACUUUGAUGGAUUGAAACAGCUGGGAUUGGCAUCCACUUGCAUGGCAAGAAAUUGGACACUGAAGCUUGCAUUGCACAAUCUCUGCAAAGAGAGAGAGUGUUAUGUGGGAAUGACACCGUAGCAUCAUCUCGUUCGAUGAAAGAUACAAAAAUAGGACCCCAAUGUAGACCUGUGCUGUUCCUCAAUUUGAGAGAGAUCAUUAGCAGCAGUUUUAACUGAGACGCAAAAUAAUUCCGAGCCACGGGGAGCCAAGCUGUCCUUUGUUGUGUAAUUGAUUGAACAAUAAUGAAUUCAUCCGAUUUAUACCUAUUUGAAUAUUCAUCUUGCUUGUUAGGUCUGAUUCGAGCUAUUAACAUACAAAUGAAUAAA